AACACCCGCGUGCCCCACUAUCAAGCGGAUUUGUAAUUUAUAACAACAACAACAACAAUAUUAUAGUGUAGCUGUAGUGGUAAUAAUAAUGAUAAUUAAUGGGUAAUGCUUAUCAGACGUCGGGCACGCAUUAUGCAACAAUAUCGUUCGGUUAUUACUUAUUGCUCACGCAGUCUCUACCGUACAUACGAUACAUUGUACGUAUGUAAAUAAUAUUAUCGUACAUUGUACACGAGGCGUCAUGUUACAUAUUUUCUCACUUACCAAUGACACCGCACACGUUUCGCCCUCUCGGUAAAAACGUAUUAGCUGAUAAUAAAGAUGUUACGCAAUCGCCGCUGCCGUAUGAAAUUUGUUUUCGGCUGGCCGUCGUUUUCGUUACGCCGUGAGACGAAUAGACGAUGUCGAUUGUCAUUCGCCGACGACCAGUAGCGAGCGCCUGACGGACGAACCGUCGUUUUACCGCCAAAGUGUUCCAGYGUUCGGAGAAGAUAUUACUUGUAGAUGGAUACAAUAGUAAGGAGGAACGGCAGAACUAACAAUGCAACUGAUACCACCGCCAAUGUUUGUCGAUUAUGACAUACUAUUGGCUUGCGGGCUGCUUAUAUUCUGGUGCGGUUAUUGGCUUGUCCACAUAAGUGCAAUAUGUUAUGGGAGAUUCAAACUCUACAGAAAACCCAAACCAGAAUCAUCUGUACAGUUGAUACCAUCUCUAGUAUCUUUAGAGCAUGGUUUGCCCAGAAAUAAUAAAAAACAAUACCCAGGUGUUAGUAUAUUGAAACCRUUAUUGGGUGUUGAUCCUAAUCUAUUUGUCAACUUAAGCUCAUACUUUCAAAUGGAAUACCCAAUGUAUGAAGUAUUAAUAUGUGUGGUUGACCGAAAUGAUCCUGCUGCUAUGGUAGCCAAUAGGCUAUUGGAAAUGUAUCCAUCAGUAGAUGCUCGACUAUUUUUAGGUGGUUCUCAAGUAGGUGUUAAUCCAAAAAUCAAUAAUGUACACGCAGCAUACCAAGCAGCCAAGUAUUCUUUGAUACUCAUAUCGGAUAGUUCAAUAAAAAUGAAAAAAGAUACACUUAGUGAUAUGGUUGAUAAUAUGGCCGAUGAUGUUGCAAUUGUACAUCAAGUACCAUUCACAUGUGAUCGAAUUGACAAUAGAACUGAGCCUAUGACUUCACCUUUAUCAGAUAAUCCAGCAGAUCCUUCAUCAUUUUUAAAAUUAGAUGAGAAAGUAGAGUACCAAAAUCAGACUUGCAAACAACGGCGUUUUGUUGCCACCUUAGAAAAAGUAUUUUUUGGAACUGCUCAUGCACGAGUGUAUUUAAUGGCUGAUCUUGUUGGAGCUAUAUGCCAUACAGGUAUGUCAACACUAUUGCGUAAGCAAGCAAUGGAUGAAUGUGGUGGCUUACAAGCAUUUGCCAGUUAUCUUGCUGAAGAUUAUUUUAUGGCCAAAUUGGUAGUUGCCCGAGGUUGGCGCACWACUAUAAGUGGUCGGCCUGCAUUACAAAAUAAUGGAGGCAGUGAACUUAGUAAAUUUCAAGAUCGUCUAAGAAGGUGGGUCAAACUUAGGAUAGCUAUGGUACCACACACWAUUGUGUUGGAACCAUUAUCUGAAUGUCUGAUAUUAGGCGCAUGUGCUGCAUGGGCUGCUAAUACACUUUCUGGUGGUUCAAUUGAUCCAUAUGCAUUCUACAUGAUACAUGUGCUUGUUUGGUUCUUAUUAGAUUGGAUUCUCUUAAAUGUGAUGCAGAAUGGGCCUUUGCCGUUUACAAAAUUUGAGUACUUAGUUGCUUGGUUGUAUAGAGAGUUCAUGGGACCAUACUUGUUUUUAACAGCAGUCUUAUGGCGCCCAUCUGUUGUUACAUGGACCACACGACAAUAUCGCUUACGUUGGGGUGGUCUAUCAGAAAUUUAUAACCAACACUCAACAAGCUCUAGCUCAGAUUCCAUAACUGCCACUGUGCCUAUAGCAACUACUACCAGUGUCACUUAUGACACAACUGUGCCUAAUAAUUAUUGUAGUACUCACCAGCAGCAACCACCAAAUGGUAUUGGGUUCACAUCAAAAAUUAAAGUUUAAAAAAAGCAUACGGCUACCUAAAAACUUUUUUACGAAUUUAUUUUUAAAACUAAGAUAAUAAUUUACCUUCAAUUUAAGAAUAACCAAAAUACAAUGAUCUGAAAAAUAUUUUUGAUGUUACGUGCCUUUUGAAAAUCUAUGUAUAAACUGUAAUAUAUAAUGUUAUAAUUUUGUAUUAAAAUAAUAAAUAAAAUAUAUUAUGUAAUAUAUGUUUACAGUUUAUCCAAAGAUGAAGUGUUUAUCAAUAUUUUUGUGACAUUUUGUUCAAUUUAACUUGUGGUUUUUUCCUAAGGGUUAUUAUAGUUCAAAUUUCGGAAAUGAUUCAGAUUUUGUUACAUGCACAUGUGCUCAAAAACAAUUUUUUUUUACAUGUUUUAACAAUAAAUAAGAACACAACUUAAUUUUGAUUUAUCAUAUUCUUUCCUGUAACUUAGAAAUGAAGCAUAUGAGACCUAGUAUAAGUUUUUAAGUAUGGUCAUUUUAUUUAAUAUUUA